GCGGCCCGGCUGCGGCCUCCGGCGGCCGGCAGUAUGGAGGACGGUUCCUUGGAUCUCAUCCAGAGUAUUGAAGAUGACCCUCUUCUGGACACCCAGCAGCUUCCACAUCACUCUUUACAUGCUCAUUUUAGGCCCAGAUUCCACCCUCUUCCUACUGUCAUCAUAGCAAAUCUUCUCUUGCUGAUACAUCUUGUGUUUGUUAUUUUAGCAUUUUUAACAGGUGUGCUUUGUUCUUACCCCAAUCCAAUGGAGGACAAGUGCCCAGGAAACUAUACCAACCCACUGAAAGUUCAGACAGUCAUAAUCCUUGGAAAAGUUAUUUUGUGGAUUCUGUAUUUCCUUCUUGAACGAUACAUCCAGUAUCACCAUUGCAAAGUAAGAAACCGAGGCUAUAACAAGAUCUACCGGUCAACAAGACAUCUGAAAAGACUUCCACUGAUGAUACACUCCACUGGCAGCACGGCACUCCUCCUUCUCCUCUGCCUGCAGCACUCCUUCCCUGAGCCCAGCACAUGGUACCUGAACCUCAUUUUGGCCACCCUGGCCCUGGAGCUGAUCUGUUCCCUGACGUGCCUGCUUGUGUACACAGUGAAAAUUCAAAAAUUUAAUAAAGCCAAGCCACAGCCUGAUGUACUUGAAGAAGAAAAAAUCUAUGCUUACUCCAACAAUAUUACCUCGGAGACUGGAUUCAGGCCACUCUCGAGCCUGGAGGAGCUUGUGGAGAAGCAGGGAGACAUCAUAGUGUACCUGAAGCGGCACAACGCGCUCCUCAGUCAGCGGCUGCUGGCCGUCUCGUCCUCUGACCUCGGCUCGCAGCCAAGUGGGAUUUGACAGCAAUUCCAGAGGAACCAGAGUCACUUAAGACUGAUCAACUCCCUGACAAGGUGUCACAGGAGAUUGCAGCUUUGCCAAGUAACAUUCUACAGUUUCUGUUGGAAACCUGAAUCUGAUUCUCACCUGUGUGACUGUUUAACAAGUAGGACUCAUGGAUCAUUUGAAAGGCACUUUGAAGAGCCUUGAUAACUCAUGGAAAAUAUAUCUUUUGCAUGUUUUGAAAUUAUUUAACCACUUGGUUUAUCCUAGGUCAAAGUGUAGUUUAAACAUCUCCUUGGCCAACACUUCUUCCAUACUCUUUGAAACCUGGUGAUAAUUUGUCUUUUGUAAAGAAAGUCUGACAUGACAACCUACUUAAAAUGGGGUUUUGAUCAAAUGAGUUUUUCCCACUUUUAUACAGGUGAGAGAAGUCAUCAUUUCUCAUGCUUAGUGGUUUUUUCCAUGGAGCCUAUGCAUUUAUAUGCUUCUGUGGUAUUGGAUAUCCUUGGCCCUUAUAGUUUUUAUAAAGAAUUUUCCACUAGGUGAUUUACCUUCCAAACCUUACAGUUUUCCAUCCUCCAGAAGUAAGAUUUGAAGUUUACUUGGACCAGUGUUAGGCCAACCAGUGCUGCCUGUGGCAGCAGCAGGGCCUGUGAUUGGCAGCAGCUGAAAUGGAGAAGACUAGGCUUUCUCUUUCUUUACUUUGACCCUUCUUUGAGAGAUUGCUGUUUCAGUAUUGACCAGUUGUCAUUGAA